UCUACAAGUCAUUUUGUUUCUGGGGCCAUGACAUUAAAAGAACGUUCCACUACAGAGCCAUCGGCUGCCUCUCGCUCAAGACGGGAAAAUGUUUCCAGCUCCGCUUCGAGCUCCGCCUCUGACUUUGCCCGCCCUCCCCCGCAAUCUUCAGACAGCUUCAGCGACACAGAAUCGGUUGGGGGACUUGAAAUUAACAUCAAGGGCAGAAAUAUCCGGUUUGCGCCGAUGAACACACCGCUGCACAGACGGUGGCAGACGCUUGCAGUCUUGUGGCAUACGUGUACGAUCCCAUGUCUCACUUCACUCUUCUGUUACAUGCUCGCUAUUCCGUUCAUGUGGCCGUUUAUUGGGAUCUACCUCAUCUAUUUCCUCUGCGACCAGACACCAUUCAAUGGCAAUGCUGCGCGGCGCUACUCACCGCGCGUACGUGGUUUGCCCGUCUGGCGGAGCUUUGUGGAGUACUUCCCGAUCCGAAUCCACAAGACCGUUGAUUUGCAACCCACCUUCACCCAAAAGUGGGUGGAAGACGAGCCAGAAACCAACUGGUUCAAGCGCGCGUUGAGAGGGGCAGUGAAGAAGCCGUUUGAGAAGCGGGUUAAGACAGGCCCCCGCUACAUGUUCUGCUACCAUCCGCACGGUAUCAUCUCCAUGGGGGCCUUUGGCGCAAUGGCGACCGAAGGAGCCGGCUGGUCAAAGGCAUUUCCUGGCAUUCCUGUCUCCCUCUUGACCUUAAUCAAUCAGUUCAAGUUGCCGUUGCUCCGCGAUUAUAUCAUGGCGCUUGGCUGCUCCUCCGUGGGGAAGCGCAACAUGACGCGGAUCAUUCGCGACCACAACCAGUCUGUGUGCAUCGUUGUGGGCGGUGCCCAGGAGAGUUUGCUUGCGCUGCCCCACUCUAAUGACUUGGUGUUGCGGAAGCGCAAGGGCUUUAUCAAGUUGGCGUUGGACUUGGGUGAUAUCUCGUUGGUACCGAUCUAUGCCUUUGGCGAGAACGAAGUGUAUGAGGUGAACAAGGCCACACGCGGCUCGUGGAUAUGGAAGUUCCAGAAAUGGACCAAGAAGAACUUUGGUUUCACAGUGCCAUUGUUUCAUGCCCGUGGCGUGUUCAACUACUCCAUGGGGCUCAUGCCGUUCCGCAAGCAGAUUGACUUAGUCUACGGCAAGCCGAUUGAAAUCCCCUUCAGGCCAUCGCCUACUCGCAAGGAGGUUGAGUUCUACCACGACUUGUACGUUAAGGGGUUGGUCGAUUUGUUUGACCAAAACAAGGCAAAGUACGGUGAUCCAAACGCUGUGCUCAGCCUUGUGGAGUAGGGGUCUCAGCUGAGUCAAUGAGCACUAUUUGAAGGAGAUGAUUUGAUAUAUGCGAGAGGUAUACUUUAGUCUUUUGUACUCCGUUUACUCUUUAUAUCUUGCCUGUAUAAACUAGUCUAGUAUGGCUUAAAGUAUGAUAGCUCUAGAUAUAACACAAACCAAAAUUCCGAUUCGUCCCAGUAUA